UGCAACGCUGAAGAGACGGAGGAAGUUGACAAGCUGCUCCUUGGGCUGAAAAGCACGAAUCCACAGAGGACAGCCCAGUGCUUUCUCUUGAAGGAUCCUUCAUGAAGAAAGAAGAGCUUCUGCAACGGGUCUUCUCUUGUCUCUUGGCUUCUCCACAUUCUCUUGGGGCUUGGUGGUUGAAGGUAGAGGAAUCGGUUGUGUGCUUCCAAAAAUGCUCUCCACUUGGCACCUUCUGCUGCCCGGAUACUGUGGGACCAGAUGCUUCAGGUGGCUUUCGCUGCCAUGACCCUCAGAGGACCCCACCAACUACAUGGGUCAGGUCUGGGCUCAUCUCUGCUGCCGUCGGAGGGUUCUUCAGUCUGGGAAAGAGAGCUUUCAUGUUCUCCUGCUUUCCUUUUAUGAUUUCCCCCCCAGGUUUCUUUUUUCAUUUUAGCCUCUUAGGUUUUUCUGUGUAAACCUUCAAGCUCCUUCCUGGGCAUAUGUGGACCUUGGCUGAAAGAGAGCUGCUGGGGCAGUGAGGGGCAGAGACCUCUGCUGCUUUGUGGCAUUAUGAGAAAGGGAGCCCGUUUUGCCAUUGACUAUGUGUGCUGCUAGCAAAGGUGUCCAAAGGUCAGGAGAUGCCGUUGCUUUCCUCCUUGAAAACUCUCUCGUGACGCUCUUAGCCCAACAGCUCUCUUGGGAGCAAAGGUCCUGGCUGUUGUUUCAGGAAAAGAUGAAGAAGCUCCACCAAGGCCCAGCCAGUGAGCUCUCCCUGGGUCAGAAUCACUGCUGCUCCCUUUCUCCUGUUGAAAUAGAAACAGACACCUUUGUCUGUGGGAUCAAGAGGACACCCACAAGCCCUGACUGUCCUCACAGCCAGGGAAAGGGCAGUGGAGCUGGAGAGGCCAGCCAAGGCCGGCGGACUGAGGAGGCAUGGCUGACCUGGGAUGGGUAUGUCAGUGCCUCUCGUGCUGCAGCUUCUGUUCAGGAGGGCCAGCAUAACCUUGGAAGGGUGGCUGAGCAUCCCCAAGGGCCAGACCUCCUGGCUCUCCGCACUGGCACUGGCCUAAAGCGGGUCUCUGAGGAGAGGGAUGGGCUCUCUCUCCCCAGGAAGCCCCUUGCCUACUCUCCCUACAGAUCCAAGCCCAGAGACCGCUCGGCAGAUGUCAUUGAGUAUAUUGUGAAAGAGUUGCAAGGGAUCAGUCGGAUCCAGAGUGAGAUUGCUGAGCUUCAGCAACACCUCACCUUGAUCAAAGGGUCUGUGGAUGAAGUCUCUAGCUGCGUCGACACGGUUCUGAGUGAGAUUGAGGGUCUUCAGAACAGCGGGGCCCCUACAGGCAAAGCCUCUGUUGGGCCCAAGGCCCGGAAGCCCUUCCCAGGAGCCCCCAACAAGGAACCAGUCCUGUAUUUUUAUGGCAUUCCUGAGCAAGAGGGGGAGAACACCAAGGAGCUGGUGUGCAGCCUCCUCUCCAAGUACCACUGUUUCAAUGGUAUUCAGCGUGGUACAUACAUCAAAGAUGCUUACAGGUCUGGCACAGCAACGGGCAUUCAGUUGAUACCCCGGCCUGCUGUUGUGAAACUUGCUGAUGAUAAGCAGCGGGACUUCAUUCUCCAGAAGUCAAUUCUCUUGCAAAGCACUGGAAUCACCAUCACAGCUGGAGGGGAACCAAGCCCCCUGAAUGGCCAGGUGGACCUUGGAGUUCAGUUGGACACUUUGCCAUCGCCUGGACCCAGGCAAAACCACUGGAUGCCUGGGGCUGUUCAGGGGGAUGGGGUAAGAACAGAGGGAGAUGGGCAGCUCCAACUGGACUUGUGCCAGGUUGCACAUGAAAAGGCCAGUCAAGAGGUUCAGGGAAUAAGGGAGGAGUUUAGCCCCCCACAGAAACCUACUUGCUUGAUUUCUGAACUUGAAAAUGAUGUGCAGUCCUUUGGCAGUAACAAGGAGGGUUUGCACACCAGCAGCACUAAUUCCUCUUGCACACGUGGUACUUCUCCAAAGUCUCUGGAGGAUCCUAAGCCUGAAAACUGCCUUCAGAGGAGGUCUUUGUCCUCAGCAGAAUGCUUAAAUCUCUUGGGCAAGGAGCCUGGUGUAUGUGAGGGAGGAAAACAUGGCUUAGAGGCUUCCAAUGCCAACAAAGAGAGAGUCCCCUGUGUGGAGGAGGAAGGCAAGGCUGGAGGGCUGCUGACUCCAGGGGGAAGUGAAACAGACUGUGAGGCUACCACUCUGGAGUUCCUGAGUCCAGAACAAGGGAGCCUUCUGGAAGAAGCCCCUGUGGCAGUGGUGGCUCCGGCCUGCGAUGUGGCAUUGCGCAAAUUGGUUGGCAGCAGUGAGACCCUCAAAGAUAUGAUCCAGAUUGACCUGAAUGAGCAAGAUCCGACCGAUCAGGUCUUCAGGGAGGUCUUAGAGAAUUCCCAGUACUUCCUGGAACACUCUCGGGAGAGCAUUGACCUUGUGGACAUGAGGUUCUACACCAACAAACUGGGGAAAGCGCUGAGCCACUUCCGGUCUGCUCUACAGGUGGUCUUUCACAAGCUGGAGACGGGUGACCCUGAAGUCCUCCUUGAAAGUGAAAAGGGCCUCUGUGUAGGAAAUGAGCCUGUGCCCACCCUCUGCAACUCAAGCGCAAACAACAAUGUAGACUCCUUUCCUGAAAGCCCUGUGAGUCUCUCCUCUGAGAGCCAGGCCAACACUACUCUGAGCAAUGACAGUAUGGGGCUUCCACAGAGAGCUCCCCGCAGCAUGUCCCUGUCUCUGGAGGAGGAGGCCCCUGCCCCUCUUCCUGGGGGCUCUCUGGAUGCUGGGAGUUGUGAGGGGGAGCCCUUGCCCCCUGAACUGGACCCCCAAAACCCCAGUUCAGCCCCUGUGCAGCCAAGUGGGUGCAGGCCCAUGAGCCUGGAGAAGGUCUGCACGGAGACCAUCUAUUUGAAUAAGUGCAUCAACAACUUCAAAAAUGUCUUAAGGGAGAAGAGGCAGAUGCGCCGGAGGGUCUUGAAGGAUCUGGCCCAGGAGGCGAGCUGGGCUUCCUCGACUGAUGAGAUUUACUCAGAAGGAAGUAGAGGAGAGCUUCAGGGUCAGGAUGAUGGUGAUCCAUCGAAGUCACCGUGGUUCAAGGGAGGGCCAGCAGGGGGUCUCUAUGGCAUUGACAGCAUGCCUGAUCUGCGCAAGAGGAAACCCAUCCCACUUGUCAGUGACCUGGCCAUGUCACUGGUCCAGUCCCGGAAGGCCGGCAUUACGUCAGCGAUGGCCACCCGAACUUCUCUUAAGGAUGAGGAGCUGAAAUCCCAUGUCUAUAAGAAGACCUUGCAGGCCUUAAUUUACCCCAUCUCCUGCACAACGCCCCACAACUUUGAGGUGUGGACGGCCACCACCCCCACCUACUGCUACGAGUGUGAAGGGCUGCUGUGGGGCAUUGCCCGGCAAGGGAUGCGCUGCACCGAGUGUGGGGUGAAAUGCCACGAGAAAUGCCAAGACCUGCUCAACGCCGACUGCUUGCAGAGAGCGGCAGAGAAGAGUUCGAAGCAUGGUGCAGAGGAUCGCACUCAGAACAUCAUCAUGGCCAUGAAGGAUCGCAUGAAGAUACGAGAGAGGAACAAGCCAGAGAUCUUUGACCUCAUCAGAGAUGUCUUCAGCGAAAGCAAAACAACUCAUGCUCAGCAGAUGAAAACUGUGAAGCAGAGUGUUCUGGAUGGCACCUCCAAAUGGUCUGCCAAAAUCACCAUCACAGUGGUCUGUGCCCAGGGCCUGCAAGCCAAGGACAAAACGGGAUCCAGUGACCCUUAUGUGACUGUACAAGUGGGCAAAACCAAGAAGAGAACAAAAACCAUUUUUGGGAAUCUGAAUCCCAUUUGGGAUGAGAAGUUCCAUUUUGAGUGCCAUAAUUCCUCCGAUCGCAUCAAAGUGCGGGUCUGGGAUGAGGAUGAUGACAUCAAGUCCCGGGUGAAGCAGAGGCUGAAACGAGAGUCCGAUGACUUCCUAGGGCAGACCAUAAUCGAAGUGCGGACCCUGAGUGGAGAGAUGGAUGUCUGGUACAACCUCGAAAAAAGGACGGACAAGUCUGCUGUGUCGGGGGCCAUCCGCCUGCAGAUCAACGUGGAGAUAAAAGGCGAAGAGAAGGUGGCUCCCUACCAUGUCCAGUACACGUGCCUUCAUGAGAACCUCUUCCACCACCUGACAGAUGUCCAGGGAAACAGUGUGGUGAAGAUCCCAGAAGCCAAGGGGGACGAUGCCUGGAAAGUCUACUUCGAUGAGACAGGACAAGAGAUCGUGGACGAGUUUGCCAUGCGUUACGGCAUUGAAUCUAUUUAUCAGGCCAUGACGCACUUUGCUUGUCUCUCCUCCAAGUACAUGUGCCCUGGUGUGCCAGCUGUGAUGAGCACCUUGCUGGCAAACAUCAAUGCUUACUAUGCCCACACCACCGCCUCCACCAACGUCUCGGCCUCAGAUCGCUUCUCUGCUUCCAACUUUGGGAAAGAGAGGUUUGUGAAACUCCUGGACCAGCUGCACAAUUCCCUCCGCAUUGACCUCUCCAUGUACCGGAACAACUUUCCAGCCAGCAGCAGGGAACGCUUGCAGGACUUGAAAUCGACAGUAGACCUGCUGACCAGCAUCACUUUCUUCAGAAUGAAGGUUCAGGAACUGCAAAGCCCACCUCGUGCCAGUCAGGUGGUGAAGGAUUGUGUCAAAGCCUGUCUCAACUCCACCUAUGAAUACAUCUUCAACAAUUGCCAUGAGUUGUACAGCCGUGAAUACCAGACAGACCCUAAUAAAACCCAGGAGGUGCCAGUGGAGGAGCAAGGUCCCAGCAUCCAGAACCUGGACUUCUGGCCUAAGCUCAUCACCCUGAUUGUGUCCAUCAUUGAGGAGGACAAGAACUCUUAUGCCCCUGUCCUGAACCAAUUCCCUCAGGAGCUUGCUGUUGGAAAGAUCAGUGCUGAAGUCAUGUGGAAUCUCUUUGCUCAGGAUAUGAAAUAUGCCAUGGAAGAACAUGAGAAGCACCGGCUGUGCAAGAGCGCCGACUACAUGAACCUGCACUUCAAAGUGAAAUGGCUGUACAAUGAGUAUGUCUGUACCCUGCCGACCGUCAAGGGGAAAGUGCCUGACUACCCAUCGUGGUUUGAACAGUUUGUGAUGCAGUGGCUAGACGAGAAUGAAGAUGUGUCCCUGGAGUUCAUGCAUGGGGCUCUGGAGAGGGACAAGAAGGACGGGUUCCAGCAGACGUCUGAGCAUGCCCUCUUCUCCUGCUCGGUGGUCGACGUCUUCACCCAGCUGAACCAGAGUUUUGAAAUCAUCAAAAAGCUGGAGUGCCCAGAUCCUGCCAUCGUUGCCCACUACAUGCGGCGCUUUGCCAAGACCAUUGGAAAAGUGCUGAUGCAGUAUGCAGACAUUGUCUCCAGGAGCUUUCAGUCCUACUGCUCUAAGGAGAAGGUGCCCUGCAUCCUGAUGAACAACAUCCAGCAACUGAGGGUGCAGCUGGAGAAGAUGUUUGAGGCCAUGGGAGCCAAGGAGUUGGAUCCGGAAGCCAGCGACUCCCUCAAGGAGCUUCAGGUCAAGCUGAACAAUGUGUUGGACGAGCUGAGUGCCGUAUUUGGAAACAGUUUCCAGGCACGGAUUGAUGAGUGCAUCAAGCAGAUGUCCGAUAUCCUCUACCAGGUGAAAGGGGCUGGAAAUGCCCCUCCAAAUGUCGUGGCUCAAGAUGCUGACAACGUCCUCCGGCCUUUAAUGGACUUCCUGGAUGGAAACCUGACUCUCUUUGCGGAUGUGUGUGAGAAGACAGUGCUGAAGCGAGUGCUGAAGGAUCUCUGGAGAGUUGUGAUGAACACCCUGGAGAGAAUCAUCGUCCUCCCUCCUCUCACGGAUCACACGGGGACCCAGAUGAUUUUCAGUGCUGCUAAAGAAUUGGGACAUUUAUCAAAACUGAAGGAUCACAUGGUCAAGGAGGAAACCCGAAGCCUGACCCCCAAACAAUGCGCAGUGCUGGAGCUUGCUCUCGACACCAUUAAGCAAUACUUCCAUGCCGGGGGGAAUGGCCUGAAGAAGACCUUCCUGGAGAAGAGCUCUGACCUGCAGUCACUGCGCUAUGCUCUGUCCCUCUACACCCAGACCACCGACACCCUCAUCAAGACCUUUGUGCAGACACAGACAGCUCAAGGCUCAGGAGUGGACGACCCUGUGGGUGAAGUCUCCAUCCAGAUUGAUCUGUACACCCACCCAGGCACUGGGGAGCAUAAGGUGACUGUGAAAGUUGUGGCCGCCAAUGACCUAAAGUGGCAGACCUCUGGCAUGUUCCGUCCCUUCGUGGAAGUCACAAUGAUUGGACCACACCAGAGUGACAAGAAGCGGAAAUUCACCACCAAGUCCAAGAGUAAUAACUGGUCCCCAAAGUACAACGAAACCUUCCACUUCAUCCUUGGUAAUGAGGAUGGUCCGGAUGCCUACGAGCUGCAGGUGUGUGUGAAGGACUACUGCUUUGCCCGUGAGGACCGGGUCCUGGGCAUCGCUGUGAUGCAGCUCAGGGAUGUGGCGGACAAAGGGAGCUGUGCCUGCUGGUGCCCACUGGGACGUCGGGUCCACAUGGAUGACACGGGACUCACCGUUCUGCGGAUUCUCUCUCAGAGAACCAACGACGAAGUGGCCAAGGAGUUUGUCAAGUUGAAAUCAGAGUCCCGCUCCACCGAGGAAGGAAGCUGAUCCUUCUUUUUUUCCCCCAAGCUCAUUGUGUGCCCUGUGCCAACAAUACCCGCAAAGUGUGCGACUGUUGGCUCUCUCACAUCCCAGCAGGAGCUUCAAACCUCAAUCAAGCCCCUGGUCAGCUUGGAGGGACCAAUUUCAAGAAUGUUGAGGCAAAGGCAAGAACUUGGGGGGCAGGGCAGGAGAAUUUCAUUCAGGUUGCAUGCCUGCUUUGUGGUUGUCCCUCCAGAGCUGGUGCCAUUAGAAUGAGGACCUGGUGAGUGGGUGGGCAUUGAAGAUGAAGCCAGAGCAUAUGGCUGUGGACCUGAAAGGAUGGUAACGAGAGGGUGCUGCGGCAGGGGGAAGCAGAGACUCUCCUCCCUCAACUUCAAAUUGUGAACUUGAAGAGAAGCAGAAAUUGGUCUAUAGCUUUGCAUUCCAGACUGGCAUUGCGGGUCCUCUCCCUUGUGUUUCUGCAAGGAGAGCUGUGGAGGAGAGGGGACACGCUUGUGUCCAUGAAAUGGUCUUGUGUGGUCUUAGCAUUAGUGGCUUGGCUACUGUUGGCCAAGUCUGAGGAAGUCCCAGCAGAGAAGUCCUGUAAGUGUCUCCGAUUCAGCGGUAGAAUGGCUCACUGAACCCCCUCUGCCCUCCUCCCCGCAAACAAGCCCAACACAGACCAAAAAUGCCCACUGGCCAGCUCAGCAUUGUCCUCUUCCAGGGCCGCCUUAUUAUUUUCCAUUCAUUUCUACACCACACCUUUGUCGUGAAAGCUUCUUUUCUCCCAUCAGUCUCCUAUUCCCCCACUCCUACAUUCCUGGUGGAGGUUUUUGGGCCAGAUAGGGAGCGCUUUUUCCCAGUGUGACCAGUACUCCCAAUGUGGGCGGGGGGGGGGGUGCCAUGGCACUUGAGAGGAGAGGAGCAGCGAGGCUGCUGGACGUAACCCUGGCUGCUGACGUUGGGCCAUCUGGUCCUCUCGCAUCAGGUACUCUCCAUAAGCAUCUGGGGACUGCAUGUGGGGGACCAGGAUGGGGGUAGGUAUGCUGUUUGUAUAUUUGGGGGUGGGUGAGUUGUUUUUGCUAAUUUUUCUCUUGGCACCUGUACAGCUGUAUGAUAUAAACCUUGUAUUUCACAAAAAUCUGGUUUUAGAUGCUGCUUAGCUGUGGUCAGUGGACGUAAUAUAAGAAAUGCUCUAUGGGUCACCAGAAGAUUAUUACUGUUGCAAUUUUUAAUCCCUGUUCCAUGUGCCACUGGUGCAGGAGGUGGUAAGAUAGUCUUUAAUAAAGGACCUUUUAGCAGCA